AUGUAUCAAAUCACCAAGCGGUUAAUAAGAAAUCUUCUGUUAUUCACAAUCAUCUCCGCCUGUGGAACGAAAAUAACAGCUGCUGAUCCAAAUAUUAUUAGCAAAUCGCAGUGGAACGGUGUCGAGUCGAUUAAUGAGCUCAGUGAGCAGGCUUUGCCAAUUGGUCGCGUUAUUAUUAUACACACAGCCGGUGCCGGUUGCCAAGAUGUCGACAGCUGCUCGCAACAAGUGCGUAAUAUUCAAAAAUAUCAUCUAGACUUACAUUUCGAUGAUAUUGGCUACAACUUCCUGAUUGGCAAUGAUGGGAAUGUGUAUGAGGGGCGCGGUUGGGAUGCCAUGGGGGCCGCCGUAAAGAACUACAAUAAUGGUAGCGUAAGCGUGGCAUUCAUUGGCACAUUUGAAAAUGAUCCACCCACUGACCAGGCCUUAGAGGCCGCUAAGUCUCUCCUGGAAAUGGGUUUGCGCACGUCCAAAUUGGCAGGGGAUUACAAACUCUUGGGACAUCGUCAGCUGACGUCCACUUUAAGUCCAGGUGCGGCUUUAUAUAAGAUCAUCAAGCUGUGGCCACAUUGGGCACGUAGAGCACGAUAG